AUGAAAAAACAAUCUGUUGCUCAUGUUAAUGGUGAUGGAAUUUCGAAGCGCAAAGCUUCACCAUCGAGUGAUGAUUCUGAAGAAGGAAAACCAAUGACUAAUAAUUCUGUCAAUGAUGUUAAAAAGACAAAUAAUGAAGUGACUGUUUUAGCAAAAAAAUUAAGACGAAGUCAAAAAAAAACAUGGCUUAUAUCAUGGUGGUAA